CACACGCACUCCCUCCCGCCGCGCCAACGUAGCAUGUCGCAUAUUUUGUUUUCGCGGACGCCCUCGCUGCGCAGCGUUGCGCAGCGCAGCAUUGUGCGUCAGAGCCGGGCUUCCUACCACCACCAGUCGGCGCCCAAGAUGGCGUCAGGCGCAGCGCCCAUCCGCACGCUACUCCGGCAGACGACGCUGCGGGCCAGCGCCAUAGCAGCACAGCGCACGUCAUACCCCGCGUCGCAGCAAUUCUCCACGCAAACCUACACACAGUCGCGGUCGCCAUCGCCGCCCCCGCCGUACCACGCGCGCAACACAUCGGUGCUUGCGGCGCCGAACCAGUGGACCCGCUUCAACAACAGCCCGUACAACUCGCUGUCGUCUGUCCGCACAUUCACGGCGAGUGCGCGCGGGAAGCUCGCUGCGUCGACGUCGGAAUCUCCAUCGUCGCUGUCGCCCGAGGCGCAGCAGGCGGUGGACGAGGUGAUUGAGGAAAUCCAGGAAUUGUAUGGCACGGCCAAGGACGAGUUUGAGAUUGCGUCUGAAGAGAGCGAGAAGAACACGACGUAUGCGGCUGAUGAUCGGGCUGCUGCGAGGGAAGAGCUGGAUCGCCUGUUGACGUAUUACAAGGGUGUUGUCGAGGGCGAGGAUCGCGUGGUUGCGGAUGAGGUCAAGAGAAGGGUUGGGCAGAGAAUUCGCGAGCUCGAGCAUGCGGUGCUGGCCAUGGAGGAGGCGGCGACACAUGGCGACUAGCUGGGAAUAUUGCACUCACAAUACCCUCCAACCAUAGCCUUUUUCAGUCAUCUCAUGUAUCAUACCAUAGGCGUCAGCUCGUAUAUAGAAAGAAACAUGUCAUCAGGCA